AUGCCGGCUUGGUCUGCGGCAGGCCGGGGCCCAGCAUUCCGCCCGGUCGGGCACGCUCGCGCCGCGCGCGAAACAGGCGGUGCCGCUCGACGGGGCCGGGCAGCCGCCACCGCGCGGUACGCUCCGCCCAUCAUCGCCGGUCCAGCCCCACGGUCUGUGCGGCGGCCAACAUGUGGAGGAACAGCUUUCGUCCGAUCCCGUCGCGCUGAUAUUCCGGCGCGACCGCGACAGGCCGAUCGCGAUCAACGGCCAGUGUUCGCCAUCAUCAUCGGUCAGCGCGAUCGGCCAGCAUUGGAUCCGACCCGAUCAACGUGCCGUCCUCGGUCAGCGCCGCGAAGCAUAAAAAAGUCCACCGGCGCCACCGAUCCCGCACCCAGGGCGGUGCGCCUGCCGCCCAGGCGGAAAGGCGCGGUCGAGCAGGGCCUCGACCGCGGCCGGGCGACCGCGUCGAGCGGAAUGAAUCGAUCGUCUGGGACAAGAGGGCAGGGUCCGAUCGCCGGGAUAGGGACGCGCGCGCCCUUAACCGUGUCGCGCGCGAUGCAAGCCCGUGCUUCCCUUGGCCGCCCCGCUCUGCUAGAGUGUUGCUGUCGCGGAAGACCGUCUCCAGCUUUCUGA